AUGGUCGUUGUAUCCUCAACAUUCUCUGUACCGGCUGAAGGUGUGUUAUUCCAAGCACCCUCAACGAAAUUACUUGUGAACGAUCAAGAGUUAGGCACAGCAACGCUAUGUAUAACAGAAAACAACGUGUUAUGGGGUGGUGGAGUGACGACUUCGGGUGCUCCAACACCUACUAUAGCUCUUCUUUACCCCACGAUUUCUCUCCACGCCAUUCAAAAGGACCCCUCGCCUGCUUUGUACAUGGUUCUUAACUACGAACUAAGAUUACCAGAACUAAACCAAGGCAGUGGAGACGCACAACAAGAUGACGAUGAUGAUUUUGAUGCUGAUGAUCAACCCAUCACACAGUUGCGGUUUGUACCUCCAAAUGAGUCGGACCUGAGCCCCAUGUAUGCAGCCAUGAGCCAGGGCCAGUCUCUGCACCCCGACCCAGCAGACGAGGUGGACGAUGAGGCUUAUAUGGACGGAGAGGAGUUUGAGGAUGGUGACGAAGAGUUUGAGGACGCGGAAGAGAGCUCCACGGUGGCAGAUAGCGCAGCGGAGCGUCUGAGAGCCAUGAGACUGCAGGCCGAGGCUAACGGCAAGCGGACCGAUGAUAGUGAAGAUGCAGACGAUGACCAUGAGUGAUUUAUUUAAUUGUUCAUUUGUUAAUUUAUUUACUUGCUAAGUGACGAAACAUCCCGAUGGGGUCCAGAUGUAAUAUCUUAGUUAUAAUAAUUUGCUAUUAAUGUGUAUCGGAUGAAAGGAUCGCUAUAAAUGUGAAUUUAUGUUAGCAUUUGUAACUUAAGAAAUUUGCUAAUGAAAAAAUUCUAUGUAUGUCA